AUGCUUGAUAAACUUAUCGGUGGGUACGGGCACAGGUUUGGUCUCAAGGAUCAACGAAGCUACGGCUUCGAGGAGCACAAAGAGUUUGUGUCUCAUGAGGAGUCAGAAGGAGGCUACUUUGACAGUCAAGCCCGCUACGACCACCGCAUGAGGUUUCCUGCCAACCAUGGCCGUCCACCCAUGGCUCACAUGCCUCGCUGUAAUGAAGAAGACUCAGACUCAGACGUUGAGGAUUUCUAUGAGCGCAGCCAGAGCCACCACACUACUGUUUUGCCGCACCACGGCAAAAAUCACCACCAGCAGCCACCUCAUAUGAACUUCAUGCCUCCACCUCCGAUGGCUCAGCCUCACCACAACGGGAAAAUGGGUAAUGGAUGGCAUGAUGAUGCAUACCAUGGUGCGCAAGGAAUGCUGCACCACGGUGGUCAGGGGAAGCAGCACCAGGGUGGACACGGGAUGCAGCAGCACGGUGUUCAUGGGAUGCAGCAGCAUGGUGCGCACGGGAUGCAGCAGCAUGUUGAGCACGGGAUUAAGCACCAAGACAGGCUUAUGGCUCCUCAUGCACCACCACAUCAUAUGUACAUGAACCCCAUACACGGCAGCGGUGCUGGCCGUGCCGUAAUGAUGAAGGCUACGGAGAACUGGCGGGUCACCAACAGCAGCGGCGGCCACCACAAGGCCGGGUGGGGGAGUAAGGGACUUUGA